GGGAACUUCUAUCCCCCUUCAAAACUUCAUAGGAAUUUUUGUCAUUUGAUACCAAACUUCAAGGUAUGUUUUCAGAAUUUUAACACAAUAAGAACAAAAGAAAUGGUCAAAUCUCCUAAAAAAGAGUGAAGCUCAGCAACUCUGCUUUGAGGGAGCUUCCAUACGAAGCCACAAAGUCAGAAAAGAAAAAAGAAGAAAAGGUUCCUAAGAGAAGGAAGAAGAAGAAAUUGCCAUGGGCGAUCUACUCUCAUGGCUAUUUUCCUUCUUCCUUCUCGUAGCUGUUCUUGGUACUAUCCUCUACCAGCUCAUGUGCUUGGCAGAUCUUGAAUAUGAUUAUGUCAACCCUUAUGAUUCAGCAUCUCGGAUUAACAGGGGAGUGCUUCCAGAAUUUGCUCUUCAAGGAGCCUUGUGCUUCCUGCAUCUUGUCACAGGGCAUUGGCUGAUGUUUCUGAUAUGUCUACCAUACUUAUAUUAUAACAUCAAAGUCUAUAUCGAUCGCUGCCACUUGGUAGAUGUAACUGAGAUUUUCAAUCAGCUUCCGUGGGAAAAGAAGAUUCGGUUGUAUAAGCUUGGUUAUCUUGUGAUGCUUCUUGCCUUUUCGAUAGUCUGGAUGGUUUGGAGCAUUGUGGAUGAUGAAUGAAGUAUAAGGAAUUGCUGCUUUGCUAAGGGUUUGAUCAAAUGAAGAAAUUGGGAUUUUUCGGGCACUAGCACGGUGGAGCUGGCCUUCUGACAUCUGUCGGUUUACUCAGUUAAUGAUGCCAUUAACUGAUUGUGGUGAUGGUUUUACGGAAUUAAUCAAAUUUGAAGGAAGAGUUGGAAGCGCUGGGAAGCAUACACUUUCUGAUGCUUGAGUUAUUUCUCUUUUUUUGUUUCGCUUUCUUUUUGGUAGGUUAAUUUUAUGAUGCCCUUUAAGCAUCUGAUUUAUUGGGCAAUAGGCAUUGAGUUGAACUCUUGUAAAUCAGGAUAGUUGUUGGGAUCUUAUAUCAUAAUGUGUCUUAGCAAAUGGUUUACUGAAUGUACUCUUUUCCAGUGGAAAUCAAUGUCUAGUAGAAUGACUUACAUUAUAAUGACUUUAA